AUGGCCUUCUCAACGACUCACAACGAAACUCUAAGGUCCUCGCUAUGGGUUCCUAUACAUGUCAAUUCCGUAGCUAGUAAUGAACACGCUGAAACUUAUCUUGCAAAAUCAAUUUUUACCGACCAUUCCUAUCUCGUGCUUGUCACUAACUUACGGUAUGUCUGGUUUGAAGAGUUGUUUGCUGACGAGAUAACUAAACGAUUCCAGGAAAGCCUCACCAGUACUCGUAUCUUGAUUUAUAAAGUCUCAUUAUUUAUAGCUUUCAUAACUUAUGUUUUGUAUACUUUUUCUUUAAUGCAGGAAAUGAAAGUUACUUUAGACCAUGGGCGUUUACCCGAAUAUAUGCAUUUUUUAUCCGAAUAUUUACUACCACAACAUCCUGACGUCACUCAUAAUGUUAACAUGCAAAACGAUGAUUUGUUAUUAGAAUCAAAGAGGAACGUAGGCCCAAUGGAAUUGAUUUGGACGUUUUCAUGCAAACUAAUCCCAAACUCGUCUCCCAAAAAGAUGUCAAAUUUUGAUUCCGAGGAAUUCGUUGAUAGUGAAACCGUACUAUAUACACAUUUCAUUCUUCCUCACUUGUUAGUAACAUCUGCUUAUAAUCAGCAGAUAGAAAUGUUACAUAAUUACAUCAAAUCAAAAGAAGAACGAUUUAAUGAAACUGUUCGUCUAAUGUCUUUGAUGCGAUUGGAGACUUCGGGUAAAUCUGACAAAAGUUCUGCAAAUGUUUCGUCAUCUUUCGAUCCGGAGAAAUCUUAUCAAGAAAUUGAGCAGAUUAUCCAUGAUUGCAAUGUUUCAGAAAAUAAUGCGACUCUAAACAUUUGGAGUGAUCCUGCAUUUUCAAGGUUGUUUAGAACUGCAACAGAACGUGUUAUCCCCCAAAAUCAAUUCCCAUCGAAUUCUAUUCUUUCUGAAAAUUUGUCAUACACAUCAUCAGCCCCUUCGCCUUCUGCUUUCGAAAACAUCCCAAUGUCACAACUUGCAACUCUUAAACUACCAAGCCUUUCCGAUACACAACUUACAAAGUUAUUUACGCAGCAUAACGAUCCUCCAUUUCCAAGUUCACAUGAUGAUCCCAUUUACGUUUCUCAAACGACUCAUGACACUGUUGCUGAAGUUGAAGUAUCAUCACCUGGAUUUACUUCAAAUGCUGCGCGAUCACGUGCAAAUACCAAUUCUGAUGGGGUGGCACGUAACAUCGGUAAAUCAAAAGUGAACAAUGAUAAGGCUCAGCAAGAACGUGAACUUGAAAAGAGGCGACAGCUAAAAGAAUUAGCCGCGAGACAAGAAAAAUCAACCAAGAAACGUAAAGUUCAUUGA